GGCUGCGGCGGCUCCGGGUUGCGAACAGAGGGGCUGUGGCGCCCCAAGCUUCAAAGGGCUCCUGGGCCGCGCCGCCUGCACCGGCUGCCGGGGGUGGGCGGUUGGUUUCCCGGGCUUCCCCCUCGAAGGAAGACGUCGCGUGCCCCCUUUCUUUCGAAGAGGUUCCAAAUACUUUCCGAGUCCCUAAAAGUUCUUGUGAUACCCAAAAGUCUUAGCUCCCUGUAAAAGCCUGUUUCGGUCCCCUCUCCAGUCUGUCUUAAAAUCGGUUUCAGCUAUCCCACAAAAAAUUGCGGUUUCAUACUCAAAAAAGUCAGUUUCACACGGCCUCCCCAAAAGAAAAAAGUUAGCGGCGAAGGGGGUGCGCAGGGGCAGCUGUUUCACACCCUGUCUCUAGUUGACAGACAAAGCGGAGAGUUCACCAUCACUGAAAUUGGGUCUCCCUCGGCCUGGGAACCCCUUCUCCCCGCAGCUUCCACGGAGUCCCUGUGGCCACCCCGCCCCCACCUGGGGACCCGGGGAGGAAGCCAUAGGGGUGUCGUUUGUCUACAGGACAACGAAGACUUGCUCUGCGCCCUUCUGGGGGGGGGGGAAUGGAGUCUGGCAGGUGGGUCCCCCACCCCCGUUCUAGAAUGGAGCCCCUGGGACCAUGCGGAGGACCCUGGUCUAGGAACUAGCUUUCCCCAGGGGUAGGAGGCAGGGGAUGCUUUCAAAGUUGCUUAAAAAUAAUUCCCGGAUACAUCAUGACAAUAAAACAACCUAGUAUUGUUUUUUGUUGGGGGAGGAGGAGGAGGGGAGCUUUGAGGUCCCAGGUCCCUUCAAUCAUGAAGAGGGCAGGGGGACUUGCCUUGAGGAUUUCUUUUUGUUUGAACUUGGGGGUGACUGAGGCUUCAACGUGUUGACAGCUGCUUGGGGAGGGCCUGAGUCACCCCUCCCCCUUCCCUGUCGGGCAGGGUUAACUUGGGGGUGGCAGGAGAGGGGCCCAGUAAGUGGAGAAGGGACUAUUCCCCUUCUGCUUCCAGUUUAAAAUUUGUGGCUUGAGUCUCUGGUGGUCUUGAGUCCCUGGUGGUCGCUGAGGGAAUUAGGAAAUCUACAUUUGCUUACUCCCCCUCUCCCUCAUUGUUCAAACUCCAAGGGCUCUGAGCAGGGGUCUCUCCAGGGGCCAGAAUCCUGGCAUUCUGGCUGCCCUGCCCCACCCCCCACGGUCAGGAAGGGACUUAGUUUAGGAGGACCCAGACCCUCAGGGUGGUUAGAGGGGCUUUUUGAACAGCUCCCCCAUUCCCCAUCUGUCUACUUAAGCUACAGUCACUCAAAUUUUUUCCCUUCCCUCCCUGUUUCUCCUUAUGUGUCUGUCCCUGCUCUGCCCUGCUUUCACCACCACCAUCCACUACCACACAGGGCUGUCUCUAGGACUGAGGCACCACCUUUGCCCCUGAGCCCACCAUUGCAGCUGGAGAAUGAACCAGCCACAGAGGAUGGCGCCCGUGGGCACGGACAAAGAGCUCAGUGACCUCCUGGACUUCAGCAUGAUGUUCCCCCUGCCAGUGACCAAUGGGAAAGGCCGGCCCACCUCCCUGGCUGGCGCCCAGUUUGGAAGCUCAGGUCUGGAUGACCGGCCCAGCUCAGGCUCCUGGGGCACUGGCGACCAGAACAGCUCCUCCUUCGACCCCAGCCGGACCUACAGUGAAAGCGCUCACUUCAGCGAGUCCCAUGGCAGCCUCUCUUCAUCUACAUUCCUGGGACCAGGGCUUGGAGGCAAGGGUGGCGAGCGGAGUGCAUAUACUGCCUUCGGGAGAGAUGCAGGUGUUGGGGGCUUGACUCAGGCUGGCUUCCUGCCCAGUGAGCUGGCCCUCAGCAGCCCUGGGCCACUGUCCCCCUCAGGCAUUAAGAGUGGAUCCCAGUAUUACUCUUCCUACCCCAGCCAUGCUCGACGGAGAGCGGCGGACAGCGGCCUAGACACGCAGCCCAAGAAAGUCCGGAAGGUGCCGCCAGGUCUUCCAUCCUCGGUGUACCCACCCAGCUCAGGUGAUGACUAUGGCAGGGACACCACCCCCUACCCAUCUGCCAAGACCCCCAGCAGCACCUACCCAGCUCCCUUCUAUAUGGCAGAUGGCAGCCUGCACCCCUCGACCGAGCUCUGGAGCCCUGCAGGCCAGGCGGGCUUCGGGCCCAUGCUGGGUGGGAGCUCAUCCCCCCUCCCCCUCCCGCCAGGUGGCGGCAGUUCCGUGGGCAGUGGUAGUGGCGGUGGGUUUGGCAGCCUGCACCAGCACGAGCGCAUGGGCUACCAACUGCACAGUGCAGAGGUGAAUGGUGGGCUCCCAGCUGUGUCCACUUUCUCAGCCCCCACAGCCACCUAUGGCAGUGUUGCCAGCCACACGCCCCCCGUCAGUGGGGCCGACAGCCUCAUGGGCUCCCGAGGGACCACAGCUGGCAGUUCUGGGGACGCCCUUGGGAAGGCGCUGGCCUCGAUUUACUCUCCGGAUCACUCAAGCAAUAACUUCUCGUCUAGUCCCUCGACCCCAGUGGGUUCCCCACAGGGGCUGGCAGGAACAUCACAGUGGCCCCGAGCAGGAGCCCCCGGUGCCUUAUCGCCCAACUAUGAUGGGGGUCUCCAUAGCCUGCAGAACAAGAUGGAAGACCACCUGGAUGAGGCCAUCCAUGUGCUCCGCAGCCACGCCGUGGGUACCUCGGGGGACAUUCAUGGGUUACUGCCCAGCCAUGGAACACUGGCCUCGAGCUUUGCCAGCCCUGUCAUGCCUCUGGGCGGGCGGCACACCAGCUUGGUUGGAGGCAGCCACUCAGAGGACAGCCUCUCGGCCAGUGGCAGCCUUAUGCACAACCAUGUGGCCCUCCCCAACCAGCCGACCACCCUCCCUGACCUCUCGCGGCCACCUGACUCCUACAGUGGACUUGGUCACAGGGGCACCGCCUCAGGUACCAGUGAGAUCAAGCGGGAAGAGAAAGAGGAUGAGGAGAAUGUAUCGGUGGCUGACAACUCAGAGGAAGAGAAGAAGGAGCUGAAGGCCCCCCGGAUCCGGACCAGCCCAGAGGAGGACGAGGACGACCUUCUCCCCCCAGAGCAGAAGGCUGAGCGGGAGAAGGAGCGCCGGGUGGCCAAUAACGCGAGAGAGCGGCUGCGGGUCCGAGACAUCAAUGAGGCCUUUAAGGAGCUGGGGCGCAUGUGCCAGCUGCACCUCAACAGUGAGAAGCCCCAGACCAAACUGCUCAUCCUGCACCAGGCCGUGUCGGUCAUCCUGAACCUGGAGCAGCAGGUGCGAGCACUGUCGCUUGUACUGGAGCUGGGGCUCUGGCCCAUCCUGCACUGUCCCCUCAGCUCUCAGGUUUCCGCAUCUGCACUUGGUGUGGGCGUCAUGCCGUGUCAUGCUGUGUUCCCUGUGUCCACCUCUCUGCUCUCUGACUCUUGCGCUCUUCCUCCAACCGGCCUGUCCAUCUCUGCUUCUACCGGCAGCCCCUCCUUACCUCGCACUUGCUGCCCGAGCACAGGAUGGCUAGCAGUGACCUCAGGCCCUUUCUUCUCCCAAUGCCCCCUGUGGAGACUUGAGGGAUGAAAGGGGACCGAGGAGCACCAGCCUCUGGGCCUGGCUGUCAGUUUGGUCUGCGCGCUUGUCCUGGGCUCCGGGGCCAGCAGGCAGGGUGAGGGCAACAGGCCCCCCAGCACAGGAACAGGGUCCAGGUUCUUGCAUCUCGGGCACAUGCCACAUGCCGGGCCUUCAUUUGUCUUCAUUUUAUUGCCACAGCUGAAUGUAGCAGGUGUCCUGAUUUCAUUUAGCCCCCGUCCUACCUAGAAAGAAACAGGCACAGAAUGAGGUCACUUAUCCAAAGCCACACGGCCUCACAGCUACUAGGGCCUGGGCUGGGUGUGGACCACCGGGUGGGCAGAUACCUGAGCUCCCAUUCCAGAUUCUUGUGUGGGCAACAGGCUCAAUUCAGUGCCCAGCACACACAGUGCUCCAUAAAGUGGAGCCCCCACUGAAAACCUAAGAGUGGAAGCCACAGGUCCAGGGAGCUAAGGCUCCCAUCCCAGAGUCUGGCCUGUGGGCAGGGUUCACGGUGAACACCCCAGGCCCAGCUAUCAGGGCAGCCAGAGUCCAGUGUGGGAGUCUUAGAGGGCGUGAGGUGGUUGGUUCCUUGUGGGUAUGUGUGUCCUAGACCAUUUCCUAGCCCCAGAGUCUCCCCCAGACCUUUGCCUACUGAGGCAGUCUCAGCCCCUCCCACCUAGCUGGUCAAGCCAGGCAGGCCCAGCCCUCCCUCACCCAGCAGGUGACUGCUCUGAAUGGGAAAGGUCAUCAUCCCAGGAGGGGCACCAGGCCUCCCUUGCCUUCCUGGUCAGUCCUGGGGCAUGUGGGAUGGACAAGGAAUAGAUGGAAAUCAAGGUCCACCUCCAUUCCUACGAAACGUCCUUGGAACAGUUAGGCCUUGGUCAUGUCCCUUGAACAUGAUCACACACGCAUAGCCUUGCCUAGAACUGGUCACAGAUAGGCAUACAGCCUAUGGUUUCCAGUCCAGGAAUACAUUUUCAUGGACAUGAGCAUGCACACACCAGGUACACGCACUUACGCUAUGGUGCCCACCCACAAACACAAGCCACAGACCUACCCCCUGCAGUGCUGCUGUCACACACAUGCACAUGCAGCCAAUGGGUGUCCUCUCCACAACCCUGGUCCUGCUCAUCCACCUGCCCACUGUUCAGCU